GACAUGAAAAUGGUUCCGUCCUCAGCCUCUGAUUGGCCAAGGAGGGGAGGGCGUGGUCUCCGCAGUCUAGUUCCGCGCGCCAGAGCGCGCUAGCCGCAUUGCGAGCUGGGCACGGAGCAGGCGCCAUGGUUGUGCUGCACGUGCUGUUCGAGCAUGCGGUCGGCUACGCGCUGUUGGCCCUGAAGGAAGUGGAGGAAAUCAGCCUGCUGCUACCGCAGGUGGAGGAGUGUGUACUUAACCUUGGCAAAUUCCACAAUGUCGUUCGUCUGGUCGCCUUCUGUCCGUUUUCUUCAUCCCAGGUUGCCUUGGAAAAUGCCAAUGCCGUGUCUGAAGGUGUUGUUCAUGAGGACCUCCGUCUGCUCCUGGAGACAUACCUGCCGUCUAAAAAAAAGAAAGUAUUGCUGGGGGUUGGAGACCCCAAGAUUGGUGCUGCAAUACAAGAGGAGUUGGGGUACAACUGCCAGACUGGAGGUGUGAUAGCUGAGAUCCUUCGAGGAGUUCGUCUGCACUUCCAUAAUCUGGUGAAGGGUCUAACAGACCUGUCUGCGUGUAAAGCCCAGCUAGGGUUGGGACACAGCUAUUCUCGGGCCAAAGUGAAAUUUAAUGUGAACCGGGUGGACAACAUGAUCAUCCAGUCCAUAAGCCUUCUGGACCAACUGGAUAAAGAUAUCAAUACCUUCUCAAUGCGUGUCAGGGAGUGGUAUGGGUACCACUUUCCAGAGCUGGUGAAGAUCAUCAAUGACAAUGCCACCUACUGUCGCCUGGCUCAAUUCAUUGGAAACCGCAGGGAAUUGAAUGAGGAAAAGCUGGAGAAGCUGGAAGAGUUGACUAUGGAUGGGGCCAAGGCUAAGGCCAUUUUGGAUGCCUCUCGGUCCUCCAUGGGCAUGGACAUAUCUGCUAUCGACUUGAUAAACAUCGAGAGCUUCUCCAGUCGUGUGGUGUCUUUGUCAGAGUAUCGCCAGAGCCUACACACUUACCUUCGCUCCAAGAUGAGCCAAGUAGCCCCCAGCCUGUCAGCCUUAAUUGGGGAAGCGGUAGGUGCACGUCUCAUUGCGCAUGCUGGCAGCCUCACCAACCUGGCCAAGUACCCAGCAUCCACAGUACAGAUCCUUGGGGCUGAAAAGGCCCUGUUCAGAGCCCUGAAGACAAGGGGCAAUACACCAAAAUAUGGACUCAUUUUCCAUUCCACCUUCAUCGGUCGAGCAGCUGCAAAGAACAAAGGCCGCAUCUCCCGAUAUCUAGCAAACAAAUGCAGUAUUGCCUCAAGAAUUGAUUGCUUCUCUGAGGUGCCCACAAGUGUAUUUGGGGAGAAACUGCGAGAACAAGUUGAGGAGCGGCUGUCUUUCUAUGAGACUGGAGAGAUCCCACGGAAGAACCUGGAUGUCAUGAAGGAAGCUAUGGUUCAGGCAGAGGAAGCGGCUGCUGAAAUUACCAGGAAGCUGGAAAAACAGGAGAAGAAACGCUUGAAGAAGGAAAAGAAGCGACUGGCUGCAUUGGCCCUGGCAUCUUCAGAAAACAGUAGCACUCCAGAAGAGUGUGAGGAGAUGGAGAUAAAUGAAAAACCUAAGAAGAAGAAAAAGCUAAAACCCCAGGAGGCUCCACAGGAAAAUGGAAUGGAAGAUCCACCUGUCUCUUUGCCUAAAAGUAAGAAAAAGAAAGCUUUUCCCAAGGAGGAGUUGCCCAGUGAUUCUGAAGAGGUGGCUACUUGCAGUGUAAGUGUUCCCAAAAGGAAGAAAUCCUCGCCUAAAGAGGAAAUGGUCAGUGACCCAGAAGAGGCAGCAAGCCCCAUCAUCCCCAAGAAGAAAAGGAAAUUUACUGAUGAACCUGAACCUGCCCCUUCCGUUAGCUAUACAAAGAAUACAAAGAAAAAGAAAAAGUCCCAGAAGGCAUCCCAGGAGGAUUAGAAUGGACAUGCUUUGUGGGAGGGGCAUACCUUAAGGUAACAGUUCCUACCCAUGAUAAACCCCAAUAAAAACACAAAAAACAUA